CCAUAAAGCAAGCAAUAAGGCAACAGAGCACUGAAGCGCAGAGAGAGAGAGAGAGAGAGAAAAUAGCUUUGAUUUAAUCUUCUUUUAUUAAUUAAUAAAUAUGUGCUCGAAACUCUCACUUUCUCACUUGCCCAUUUGUCUCAUCUUCCACCUUUCUCUUGUUUCUAUCUGCUACUGGAUGGAUUCCCAAGUGUCCACUGACUUCAGCUGUAGCUGACUGCUGAUGUGGGUUCAUGCAAUUCUUCAGUGGGAAUUUUGGAUCUUUUGAAGGCUUAUUUGAUGUGGGUUCUUGUUAUUCUACAUUUGAUUUCAAGAAGACCCCAGAGGGAACUUUUCCCUUCUGCUGGAGAUUUGUAAAGAGAUCGAUCUGCUCAUCUUUUCUCAGAACUUAGGGGGCCUCCAAGUGAAGAGAAAAAAAAUCUCUCAUCUUUGCCUAGUAAAGCUAUUUGCUUUAUUAGAUAGAAGAAGGAUAAUUAGAAGAAGAAGAAGGUUGUCCUCUUGAACUCGGUUCUGGAUUGAAGCUAAAAAGUCCUACUGAAAUCAAGGUUGGUGUGUUGCCCAUUUCAGAAUUGUUGAACUCACCGAGGUCGGCUCUGAAUUUGAGACAGAAAAAGGUACUUCGAUUCUUUGCUUAUUUAGAGAGAUCAGUUCUCAUUGUUGAUCAUUGGUAAAUUUCAACUAAAGCUACCAUCUUCUCAAGGGAAAUGCUACUACAAGUAAAAGCAACUCUAGUGGCCUGUUAAAGAACGCAACUAGGUGUCCCAUUUUAUUUUUAGAAGAAAAAAAAUCUAACGCUUAUGAAGUUGGUUUCUAAUGGGUGUUCCAAGCUCCAAACCUUCAAGCAAUGAGGCCCUGGUUCUCUGCAGAGAACGCACCCGCUCCAUAAAACAAGCAAUUGAUUCAAGAUAUGCUCUCUCAGCUGCUCAUCUCUCUUAUUUACAGUCCCUCAAAAGUGUAGGCACCGCUUUAAGGAGAUUCUCAGAGGCUGAGAUUUCAAUAGACCCAUCAAUUUCAACCCUGGAGCCUGAUAGAACUCCAUCUAGAUCCUCUUAUGCUUCAUCUUCUCCUGUUCAAAUGAAAAGCCCAUUACCUCGGUUAUCCAAUGUGAGUUACAUGAAGGCAUCAAGUAAUGCUGCAGUGACAGUCGCCAUAAAUCCGGCGACAGCGGAUUUCGUCAGAGAGGAGGAAAUUGGUUCCUCCUGGGACUUCUUUGAUCCAAAUGGCGAGAAUUUUUCUGCGCAAAACUCUAGCAAUCAAGCAGAAUUAGUUCCUUUCCUGGAAAAGAGUUCGAACAAAUCUUAUAAAAGCGACAAAUCACUUGAGGAUUUUAUUAGAAUAGCGUCAGGCGAGUUGCAGCGGUCAAAUAUAUUGAAGGGUGAGGUGGAGAGUGAAGAGGUCUUUGCAGAGAGGGAGGAUGCAUCAGAAUUCAUCACUCAUAGGGCUAAAGACUUCUUGUCGAGUAUGAAGGAUAUUGAGCAUCGGUUCCUAAGAGCAGCAGAAUCCGGCAAUGAGGUAUCGAGAUUGCUGGAGACCAGCAAGAUAAGGCUCAGGGUUGAAACUGAGAUAACAGGUAAAUCACCUCCAUGGCAAUUUCUGUCAACCUUCCAUGAAGUUUGCUGCAAGGCUGAGACCGUCUUUAAGCAUGAACCUGGACAAAAUUUGGCAAAGGUAAUUACUUGGAACCGCUCAGUCUCAUCUAUGUCCUCAUCAUCCAAAACUCCUAUUGGAACAACAUCAAAAGACAUGGACAACGAGAGUGAUUGCAGUUUUUUUGAAGAAUUUUGCAUGAUUUCAGGAAGCCAUUCAUCGACAUUGGACAGGCUGUAUGCAUGGGAAAGAAAGCUUUACGAUGAAGUGAAGGCUACUGAGUCUUUAAGGAAGGCAUAUGAUCAGAAAUGUAACCAAUUAAGACACCAAUUUGCGAGAGGCUUGAAUCCUCAAGUGAUUGACAAAACUCGAGCUGUUGUAAAAGAUCUUCAUUCACAAAUAACUGUGGCCAUUCAAACAGUUGAUUCAAUAUCAAAAAAAAUUGAGAAGAUGAGGGAUGAAGAAUUACAACCUCAAUUAAUGGAGCUUCUUCAAGGGCUGAUCAGGAUGUGGAAAGCUAUGGUCGAAUGCCAUCACACACAAUUCAUCAUAAUCUCCUUAGCCUAUCAUGUUAUGAACUCAAAGUCAGAACCUCACAAUGAAACCCUCAAUCAAGCUUUCUCACACCUCCACAUCGAGAUUAAAUGUUUCGCCUCCAGUUUUAUGAACUUGGUCGAGGCCCAUAAGUCCUACGUCGAAGCACUCAACUCUUGGAUUCACAAGUGCAUCUCGCAGCCUCAAGAACAAUCCAAGGGCAGGAGAAAAGCAGCCUUUCGCUCUCGCCAGUCCCUUUCUCUUCCUCCUAUAUUCGUCCUCUGCCAACAUUGGUUGAAUGGAAUCAAGUCUCUUCCUUCUAAAGGGCUCCAUGAUUCAAUCAGAGAUACUGUAUCAAUCCUGUAUGACUUGGGUAAUGAACACAUAGAAGAAAAGAGGGAUAAAGAUGAAGAUAAUGAAGCAGAAAGAUUCUGUGAGAAAUGGAGCUUAGAUGGUCUGCAGACAGGUUUGAGAAGGGUUUUUGAUCAAUUGGUGAAGUUUUCGGAGGCAUCAGUUAAAGUUUUUGAGGAGGUGAAGCAGGCAAACGAGACGGCUUGCAUUGAGUACUGUGCUAAUGGAACCUCACAUCAAAUAUUGUAGUUAUGGAUAAGAAAGUUUAUGGUAUGAUGUACAUGUAUUGGUUUUAUGUAAGUUAUUGCAAUACUGGAUGUUUACGUAGAGAUAUAAAUGAAAAUAGAUAUAGUAGGUGAUCGGCAUAAAUAAUCGGAUCAGGAGUUGCCAGAUUGAACAGUUUAAGGAACAAGGCAGCCUGAAUUGGUAAAGCCUGUGAUAUGUUGUAACUACAUGCAUCAAGAUUGAGAUUCCCUAAAGUAAAUUGAAUGCUGCUGUGUAUAUAUUAAAAGAUUGUGACGUACUGUAAGUCUGUAAUAUGCUUCAUAGUUAAUUGAAUGCUACUCUGUAUAUAUUAAAAGAUUGUGACGUACUGUAAGUCUGUAAUCUGCUUCAUGCAAACUGAAUGCGACCUGUAUGUAAUUUUGACUGUCAUAGUGAUGGUU